UCAUUCAUUCAUUAUGAUUCUUCCCCUUCCAAAAUCAAUCCCCCCCAUUGUCAUGUCCGAAUCAGGCCGAGUACAGGAGACGGGAGAACCACCCAUAUUGACCCUUGACAAGUGGGACCAUGGGAAGAUGUGUGGGAGUCCCGAAGCAGGUCCUUCUCAAUACGAAACCAAGAUUACCCAAUUCGUCUGGCCAUAGCCGUCUACCAAUCUUGUCUCCCGCCCGCCUAUCUGGAGCCGGUCUUUGCUAUGAAAUCGCCAUUGACGUGGAGCCAAGGGUAAAAGUGCAUGGAUGUCUCCAUCUUGGUAACUGCCAGCUGCAGCUGCUGUCAUAUUUGAGCGAUGCGGCUCUUCCUCGUCCGCGGAGCCUCCAAAGUGCAUCCGCGGUCGAGCUAAACACGCACAGCAUUCUGCAGCAAGAGACAAACCACUACACGAUAGCCAAUCACUGCGGCUACACCGUAGUGAACACGCUAGCUGGGGAGUAUCUCUACGUACAUGUCCAAAAAGAGUUAUUGGCAGUGUGCUCAACCAAUGAGUGGAGGGCCUCUCUUCCCUUUCUGGUUAGCUGCUAUGUGUUGUCAGUUCUGGGCUCCUGCCCUUUAUCUGCACCAUGGGUCUCGCGAACAGGCUUAUUACCAGUCUUAUCACGCAUAGUGAUGUAGGUAUAAUGCAGGCAUGUUCUGAUGAUACUAAGCAAACAUCGGGGCCCCGCAUUGCCGAUAGCCAGAUUGGUCGUCCUGAUUUCACCACCACGCAUCCAUGCACCUAUCUCCCGCUCGCGCGGGCAUCUCUAUCGAUCUAACGAAAGCAAGCCAAUGCCUUGUCAAGAUAUCUAGAGAUCUGUGGGGACCGAAUGCCUGGGACGAUCAGUUUCCCGAGACAUUCCACAUGGCAAGUGCU